AUGUGUUCUCUAAUUAUAUUGGUAUGUUCAUUAACAGCGUUACUAAUAAUUUGUUCUGUGGUGGAUUCUUCCAAAUUUGACAAAAGUUUGACACUUUGGAAAAGAUCCCGAAUUUAUCGAUCUGCUGAAACGAAUGCUAUUGCUGGAAUCGAUCCGGAUUCGGCAUUAGUAUCACAAUCUAAUAUGGAUCUUCCUUGGGAACGAUUUAUUAUCAAUGGACCGUCAACAGUCAGUCUGCUUGGUCAAUUAAUGGUUGUAUCGAGUAAACUCGAUUUUUCGUUUCGUGAUUACCAACCAGAUUACACUUUUGUUUACAUGCGAUAUCCGAGUUCGUUUCGGGCUACACUGACUCAAAUUGCGAACGAUGGUUGGGAAGCAUUUUUGGGAGCACAUAUUAAUAUGAACAAGAUCCAAGCUUCGAUGGCAUUAAUACCGAAACAAGUUCAAAUUGCUUUACAGACUCUAGCAUCGAAGAAAUCGACACCGCGUAUCAUUAAUAUGUUAUUACCUAGCACAUUACAAGAAAUCGAACGACUUGGUAAAUCAUGUGUGACUUUGGCAAAUAUAACGCACGUCAGCUUCCUUACUGUGAUGAACUUACUCGGUGAAGUAAUUGCUACGACGGAGACGACACGCGGACUUCAAGAAACAAAGCUAAGACAGACAGAAAUUGAAUUGAACGUAUCAAGAACUAUGCAAGUUGAAAUGACUAAAUUAGGUGAAACAAUCCGUUCGCAUUACAAUGAAGCUCGAGAAGCUGUUCAAACAGCACAGAAAGAAUAUAGUCGAGCUCUUCGAAAGAUACCCACCGGUUUUCAGAGUCUUCUCUAUGACUUAGGUCGUGCUGUUAUUGGUAUAACUAAGACAGCUGGACAGACCUUAGUACAGGGCAAUCUUGGCGGAAUGGGAUCUGUAGUUGGUGGCGGGACUCAGUCAGCUUUGUCAAUGGGUGCAGGACAAGCAUUGACCUAUGGUAAACUCUUCUCAGAAAGUAUCAGCAAAGCUCUACCAAGAGUAAACGAUGUUCUCAAUAUGGGAAAAAACCUUCUUUCGAGUACAGUCAAUCCUAGUAAAGAACUCGAAGCAUAUAAGGUUACAUUCGAAACAUUUCUCGGAUCGAUCGCAGCAGGAAAGAACAAUAAUUUUAAGGACAAGGCUAGUAAACUGAUGCAAACGGGCGUCAGUCUUAUGGAUGAAACAGUUAAUCAGGUUAAACAAGCGAUGAAUAGUGGAAAAGAAAUUGAUCAAAAUGUGGCUCAAAGUCUAACAAAUCGUUUUAAUCAAUUAGCGCAAGACACCAAACCAAUGGAAGCAGCUGAGGAAAUGAAUGGUGGUGGUGUACCUCCUUCUCCGCCUGCUACGGGCCCAUCAACGGAACCAGGUGAUUCGUCGCAAAACGAAAAAUUUGCUGUACAACUUUCUUUAAAUCGAUUGCAAUCAAGUGAAAGCCGCUAUGAUAAAAUCUUCGAUCAACUCAAGCAAAAUCAAGAAGAAGUAGCAAAAUUAAUGGGCAAAAUCGCUUCAUUAGAUAUGACGCGUAUUCAUUACAAGGAAAUCCUUGAACUUCUUCGUGAAGCGUUGCAUUUACUAUCACGUGUUCGAGAACAAUGGGGUCAAUUAGUUUUAUUCUUUGCCGAGAUUGCCACGCGUGCUGAAAUCACUUUAAGUGGUACUCUUGGACCUUUUAUCACUCAAGCAAAUCAAGCAGGGACAGAAUCACUGACACUGGAUGAACGACUCUUUUAUGUAGAUCUUCUUAAAGCACAAGCUAUCGAAAUUGAUUCUCAAACGCAAAUGCUUUAUCUAAUGUCUCGAACUUAUGUGGAUAUGUCUACGAAUUAUGUAAUGACUCGUCUGGCUGGUCUGUCAAAAAUGCUUGCCGCGCGUGACGAUAAUGAACGAAAUCAAUUUCUAGCACAGUUGAAACAAGAGACACAAAUGACACAAGCAGCCGUCACGGGCUUAGUUACGGAACGCAAAAACAGCUAUAAUUCUGCAAUACAGAAACGACGUGUCGAACUCGAAAACUUUCUAGCAAAACUUGGUGGACCCGAUGCUGAUGAUCAGGCAGCAAUUGAAGCUGGCCAAAAAUUACUUGAAAACAAAUUAUAA